AUGAAAUCCAACGGGAUGAUGCCUAUUUCCCCACGGCAGAAAGAUGGGAAAGAUCGGAAUCCUCGAUCACUGGAGGACGAAUAUGUCGUCUUCCUCCAAGGGAUUCCACCACAGUGCCGGUGGCAGGAGUUGAAGGACUUUGUUCGCCAGACUGCAUUGCAUAUCCGCCAAGCGGUGGUAUAUGAUGAUUGCCACGGCCAUCCGACAGGCCUAGGUCAGAUUAUAGUGAAGAACGAGGACGAGGCAUGGCGCACAUAUAAUCGACUGUCGACGAAUGGAUGGAACGGACACAGUCUCACAGUGACUCUCUCACUGGCUAGUGAGCCGACAAAACCUAUAGCAGGACCAACAAAAAGCCCAUCCCUAAGCGGAAUGCCAUAUGCCUCGGGAUUCUCUGCUCCCCCAGUCACUUCAGCUCCGAUGGGAGCCAGUCCAGCGUGCGUUCCAAACCAGGAUAUGCCGGCAUCGCCUACAUUUACUCAACCGCCAGACCACCAGCACCCGCCAUUCAUGGCGCCCUUGCCAGGUGCUUGCCAUCCGCCGUAUGUUCAAUUCCCAGAGUCAGUCGGGUAUCAUGUCCCCCUAGUCUUUCCCGGCGAGAACGCUUUCUUCGUACCUCAUCCAGCAUUCUAUCCGCCAUCGUUUGAUUCAUAUCAAUUCGGACAGCCGCGAUACAUGACGAACAACUGCAUCCAAGCCUACCCCGGUUUCUUUCCUCACCGACACAGUCUAUCUGGCCCUAGCGUUGGGGUCGCAUCGGGCAUGAACCACGAGUAUGGCACACCAAUUUCACGAAACAUCUUCAUUCAUAAUCUCAGCCAUGAAACAACCCCACAGCUCCUGAAGGAAUAUCUCCGUACCGCAGGGAUCAUUGAACGAUGCGAUGUAUUUGACCGAAAGAUCGGCGGCAGCACGCGGACCUGUGCCAUAGUGGCUUUCCGGAACAAGGAAGAAGCCAAACGAGCCAUUGCGCUGUUUGAUAACUCCAUGUUCAGGGGGUCGCGGAUAAGAGUUCGUUUCGAUAGGGAGCGUGGCGGAAGUCUUGGAACGACCCAUGGCAAUGGUAAUGGGUAUGGCCAUGGAUAUAACAACAACCCUAACCGAAACGGCGUCGCAAAGCACGCGAUGUCGACUGCCGCUGAGCGUCCCGGUGCACUUCCAGCAGCCUCAGUACCAGGGGGAACAGUGAGGCAGGAGGCAAAUGGCAUGCCUCAACCAACAAUGGCAGCGACUCCUGGAACUCCGACGAAGGAAGCCCAGCAGUCGGCAACAGAACCGCCAUCCCCUUCACUGGUUGCAGUGACACCAACUUCGACAGCUGACGAAGCUGAGACUAAGAGUGAAAAGAGCAGCAGCAGUUCUCGCAAGAAUAGCACUGAGCCAUUAGUAGUUAAUGGCUCCUGUGUCGGGACCAAGUCCCCGGUCACAGGUGUCGAGAAAGGUCAGUCAGUGCCAACAUCAACGCAUCCGAUCCAUGAUUAAACAGGCUUGAUAUGAGUUAUAUAACUCGAUCUCCUUUCAAUUCUACCUGAACUCCCAAGUAACGGGGGAAACGGAAGAUAUCCGAAGAUUAGAUACUGACUGGUUCAAAUAGAUGAGCUCUCCCAGCGCACGCUUGCACUGCACCUGUGAUCGCCCAUUUGCCGUUUCUCUUCUACUCCUCUUCAUUUCCAACAAUACGACAAAAUAUUCAGUGGAGAAUAAAGGACCGACCCCAUACUGAUGUGAUUGCGCUGGUUCAAAGGUAAAGAGAGGACCGACCCAAGAUUAAGCCGUCCGGCUCGAGUCCACAAUUUCCGCAACAGUAGUGUAACCAGUUAAGAGACCUUUGGAACGUGCUGCCAGCGGAACAUACUUUAUAGGGUAUACUGACUUCGUUUCACCAUCUCGAGCUGAUUUUCCCGUUUCUCAAGCUUAUUUUGUUGUUUCCCGCCAUAUUUGCAUGCUUUGCUGCCGUUAUUAUGAUUCCACUUUUUCAUACCCCCCAUACCAUCAUCCGCUUGGCGAGCCUGUUCUUCAUUUUGUUUAUGCUGAUUAUCGAUCCUUGCUGCUCAUGAAUUGUGUUUCUUUCUAUCUGCAAGGUUAUCAUCAUUUCUUUGGAAGCAUGGCGUUUGG